AUGCAGUUUACCGACGAGGAAGCCGCUGGGGUGAAGCAGUGGGUGGUGAAGAAACUGGAGGAUAUCUCCGAUGCCGACUCCGAUGUACUUGCAGACUACGUUCUGGCGCUAAUCAGAUCUGACGCGCCAGAUGAUGAGAUUAGAAACACCUCUGUGGAAAAUCUGGAAGAUUUCCUACGCGAGCACACCAAGACCUUUGUCGAAGACCUCUUCUCGACCUUUGGCCCCAAGCCGUCUGCCCCUCCUGGACCGCAACCUCAUAUGCAGCCUCAGCACGCGAAUGCCGCACCCCAAUCGCAAGUUCCAGUCAAUGUCCCCACGGGCCCUAGAAACGAUGCCCCCGCCAACCGGAAACGGACGUUCGGAGAGGGAUUCCAGGGCGAGCCGGAGCGCGAUGACGGUUCGCUGCAGAACCGCGCGAUGAAAACUCCCCGGCGUGGGGGGCGCGGUGGUGGUCGUGGCGAUUUCAUGGGCCGUGGUAUGCAGCCUGGACAACAGUUCCCUCAGCAGCAACAGCAGCCGGGUGGGUUCCCCAUGAUGCCGGGGAUGCCAGGAUUCCCGCAGUUCGACCAGAACGACCCCAUGGCUGCAAUGAUGGCCAUGCAGGGAAUGGGAUUCCCCCAGAUGCCGGGAAUGCCUGGCAUUCCCGGUAUGCCUGGUGCACCUGGGCAGCCUGGUGGUGAGCAGAUGCCCAAGAGUAACGAGCGCUGUCCGAUGUAUGAGACACAGGGUAUUUGUUACCUUGGGAACAACUGCUUCUACCAGCACGGCGAGAGCGGUGCGAAGGAUGGUGAAUAUGACCCUAAGACCGCCGGUUACAACGGGCGAGGCGGUGGUCAUGCCCGUGGUGACCGCGGUCGUGGCCGUGGCCGUGGUGGAUAUGGUGGACGAGGACGCGGCCGGUCCGAUUUCUCGUCGGCAGGACCUAAUGAGGACCAGUCGGUUACGACGAUUGUGGUAGAACAGAUCCCCGAGGAGAAGUUCAACGAAGAAUCUGUGCGCGAGUUCUUUUCUGAAUUCGGCAACAUCGUGGAGGUCUCAUUGCAGCCCUACAAAAAGCUCGCUUUGGUCAAGUAUGAUACCUUCCCCGAAGCCAAGGCCGCGUGGUCGAGUCCCAAGGUCAUUUUCGACAACCGUUUCGUGAAGGUUUACUGGUAUAAACCAAGCCGGGAAGAGAACAACCACGCACAGCCCGAAGCACCAGCUUUCAACCCAGAAGAAUUCGAAAAGCAACAAGAAGAAGCCCAACGGGCCCACGAGGAGAAAAUGAAGAAACGACAUGAAACCGAGGCAGCUAAGCAAGCCCUCGAGCGGCAACGCGAUGAGCUCCUCAAGAAACAACAAGACGAGCGGGCGCGUCUCAUGCAGCGUCUUGGAGGGUCCGCAGACACAAGCAACGGUGGCAACGCCAUGGACACAAGCAGCGAGCCUGCUGACGAGAACGUGAGCGACGAGACGAAGCAGUUGCGCGCCCAAUUGGCCGCCCUCGAGGCGGAGGCCAAGAGUCUGGGUCUCGACCCUGAGGCUGACCCUGCAAGCGCAGGCCGCGGUGGCUAUCGCGGUCGUGGAGGAUACCGCGGUCGAGGCGCAUCCCGCGGACGCGGUGGGUAUGAUCCCUCGUUCCGUGGGGGAUACCGUGGACGAGGUGGAUUCGGAGCUCGCGGACGAGGAGGUGUCCUCCGGUUGGAUAACCGACCUCGCCGUGUUGCUGUGUCAGGCGUUGAGCUCAACUCUGACAAGGACGAGGCACUUCGUCAGCACCUGAUGGGCAUCGGCGAAUACGAAUCUAUCGAAAGAAACCCAGACCAACCCAACUCGGUCGUGGUGGCCUUCAAAGAACGCUUCCAAGCCGAAAAACUCAUGUUCUCCCCCUGGAACAUCCCAUCCGUCGGCGACGUCCAGCUAACCUGGAUGCCCAACCCGCCCAUCACUUUCCCUCCCGCCGGAUCAGCAGAGUCCAAGGGUCCAGGUGGGUUUGACCACAACGAACCCGAAGACACGCCGAUGUCUUCGGCGCCACCAGUUAACGCUGCGCCGCCACGGGAUAUGGAUUACGAUGUUGCCGAGGAUGAUAGUUGGGGUGCAGAGUAA